GAAUUUUCUGAAAAAUCCGGUUCGGCUCGGACGGAAAUGGCCUUAUCCUCCAGGUGGAAAAUUUUGAAUAGAGAGUUUGGGAAAUGGAGGGAUGCUUUGACAAAAGCGAGGGAGAACCUUCGAAGCGGUCAAAAUCUUACGGAUGAGAUCAUACAAGCACAAAUGUGGUUCGGUGCCACGGGGCAAGGCAAAAAAAGUUUCCAAAAUCACCAAUGUUGGGAACUUGUGAAGAAUUGUUCGAGAUUCAAAAUAAUUUGCACUACUCCGCCGGUUGUGUUGAAUGAGACGCCGCUCCACGAUUCGCCGGCAACCGAUUCGCCAGUGGACUCCCCAAUGGAUCAAGACUCACCACUCCCACGUGCGCCGAGACCUAUUGGGAGAAAAGCGGCAAAGGCGAAGAAAGGGAGCACUUCGAAGAAUGAAUGUGCACAAUUUUUGGAGCAAAUUGCUAAAAAUGGUGCACUGAGACUUGAGAGAGACUUGAAAAGAGAAGAAGCAGACAAGGCACGAGCUGAAGCAUUUGCAAUUGAAAGGCAGCAGGCACAAGAACAAGACAUGGAGGAUAGAGAGAUGAAAAUCAUGGCCAUGGAUACCACCCAUAUGUCUCCUGAAACAAAGUCCUAUUGGAAGAUGAAACGAAGGGAUGUGAUGAGAAGAAAACUUUUCCACGACGACGGACCUAGCAAUACGGAUUGGUUAAAUUAUCAAAACAAUUAGGUUGGAUUGAAAGA